UUGGGCCGUGGCAUGGAUAGCUCUCUGGCGGAGAAGCUCGCAGCGGGUCAUGCCACACACGAAGCUGAAGCGUCCAGCGCGGUGGGCAGCUGUCAAGGCGCACCUGCAACGUGGGGUCCUGCCAUGUGGAAGAGUUUGCACUGCUUGGUGCACAACAUGCCGCAACACCUGCCGCCAGAGCAGCAGCGGAGCUUUGAGGACAUGAUGACUUCGUUGCCCUCGACGUUGCCCUGUGGCAGUUGUGGCGAUCACCUUCGACAGCACCUUCACGAUGAUCCGCCCACGCCCUACCUGGCGACCCGGGACGAUCUGGAACGCUGGCUAGUCCGUCUCCACAACACGGUGAAUGUGGAGACGGGCAAGGCUCCAGUCUCCGAGUCAGAGGCCUUGACCAACAUCAACAAUAUGUGUGCCUGCACGGAUGCCGCCGCCCCACAGGCACCUGGCGAGGAGAUGCCAGCCACGAUGGCCUCCAUGGGCUGGGCUUGGCCGGCUUUGCUUUGCAGGCCUUGUGCAGGUCUUCGCAAGGUUGCUCAAGAGGAGGAAACUGAGGAAGCUGAGGAGGAAACCGAAGUGGCUGAGAAGCCGAAAGACUGGCAAGACUUCAUGUGAGCAGACUGUUCAUGUGAGCAGCCUGUUGUUUCGUCACAAACAAGUGGAGACCGACUGCAUACUGUUUGCCGGGUUGACGGUGGGUGUUUAAGGGUGUGCGUUCGCCAGGUGCUUAAGCCGGGUGCCGGGGCACCGGAACAGUGAACAUGCAACCCUGACCUUCCGGCCAGUUGUUUCUCCCUGCCAGCGUCGAUGGGGUCCGCUUGAUUGACAGAACUGCGUCAAUGUUCUUAGCACUCCAUACUCUGAUUGGUGGUCUCACCCAUAGGCCCCUGGCCUUCAAGCAUCUCCGUUUCAAA